CAUGGCCCUCCUGGCCCCCAUCAUUUGUGACAAUGGAACUGGAUACUCGAAAGUCGGGUUUGCGGGGAAUUCGGACCCAUCCUUCGUCUUUCCAACCGCAAUUGCUACUCGCGGACCAGCCGCACAGUCGGGCAGUCGAGCAGGGCCCGCUGUACCUUCAAAGCCAGGUCAUCUUGCAUCGAAGCGCGGGGUUGAGGACCUCGACUUCUUCAUCGGCGACGAAGCUCUCGCGAAUGCCAAAACUCCAGGCUACGGCGUGAACUAUCCGAUUCGUCAUGGGCAGAUUGAUAACUGGGACUACAUGGAGCGGUAUUGGGAGCAGACGAUCUUCAAGUAUCUGCGAGCAGAGCCCGAGGAUCAUUACUUCCUUCUUACCGAACCUCCGCUUAAUCCGCCCGAAAAUCGUGAACAAACCGCAGAAAUCUUCUUCGAGUCCUUCAACAUCAAAGGUCUCUACAUCGCUGUCCAAGCAGUUCUUGCCCUCGCAGCCUCCUGGUCCUCCAACCGCGUCUCAGAUCGUACUCUUACUGGAACCGUCAUUGAUUCUGGAGACGGUGUCACCCACGUUAUUCCCUGUGCCGAAGGCUAUGUCAUCGGCUCAGCCAUCAAACACAUACCCAUCGCCGGUCGCGAUAUCUCCCAGUUCGUGCUCAACCUCCUUCGUGAGCGUGGUGAGAUGGCCACUGUGCCUCCUGAAGAUCAGUUGAAGGUCGCUGGUAAGGUGAAGGAGAACUACAGUUACGUGUGUCAGGAUAUCGUGAAGGAGUUUAGGAAGUAUGACGCGGAGCCAUACAAGCACUUCGAGAGAUUCGAAGGGGAGCAUUCUGUCACGGGGCGGAAAUAUGGUGUAGAUGUUGGCUACGAGCGUUUCCUUGCUCCCGAGAUUUUCUUCAACCCCGAAAUCUACUCGUCCGACUUUUUGACGCCACUUCCCGAGAUCGUAGAAGGAGUCAUCCAAGCAUCGCCAAUUGAUGUUCGUCGUGGUCUGUACAAGAACAUCGUCCUUUCUGGAGGCUCGACAAUGUUCCAGCACUUCGGCCAACGCUUGAAGCGUGACCUCAAGCAGAUCGUCGACCGAAGACUGGAGGCCGUAGCCGUAGCUAGCGGUAGUGCUCAAAGGUCGUCCGGUGUUGAGGUCGACGUCAUCUCGCACAAACGUCAACGGUAUGCCGUCUGGUUCGGUGGCUCUCUGCUCGCAUCUCUCCCCGAGUUCUAUACGUCUUGCCACACGAAGGCGCAGUACGACGAGAUUGGGCCUAGCAUUUGCAGGAGGUACCAGAUAUUCGGCAGUGCUACCUGAGAGAUAAGUUGAUGCUGAGCUUUGGGUUGGUAAAAUAUGUUGGUGGAGGACACGGAAUGUACGUUUGUAUUGGAGUGCGUUGAGAUGGACUAGAUACGGAGCACAUAAGUAUUGGCAUGCGAAAUGGAGAAAUUGUUUUUGAAUCCUCG